AUGGGUCAGUGUCCAUCUGAGAGACUUCAACCUGCCCCACCCUUUUUUAAUACAGCUAUUGAUUUGUUUGGACCAUUUAUUGUGAAAGACACGGUCAAGAGGCGCACUAGAAAAAGGGUUUAUGGGAUCAUCUUUAAUUGUAUGGUGAAUAGAGCUGUGUACUUAGAUUUAGCAGAGGGUUAUGAUACAGAGAAUUUUUUAAUGACAUUACGUAGGUUUGUCUCCAUAAGAGGAUUUCCAAAGCGUAUGCAUUCAGAUGGAGGCACACAGGUAGUAGCAGCUAACAAAGAAUUGCGAACUAUGGCCAGGAACUGGAAUAUGACACAAAUUUCAGAGUUUGGUAGUGUUUUCGGAAUGAGUUGGACAUUCAACAAGUCUGCAGAUGCUCCAUGGGAGAAUGGGUGCAGCGGAUCUCUGAUAAAGUCUGUAAAGAGAUGUAUUAUGAUGGCUGUUGGUACUAAUAUUCUUUCAUGGAGUGAGCUUCAGACUUGUAUGUUUGAGAUUGCUAAUUUAAUGAAUAGCCGUCCAAUUGGUCUCAAACCAGGGUUUAAUCCCAGUUUGGGCAUUUAUCUUUGCCCUAAUGACUUGCUCUUAGGUCAUACAGGUGUCAGAGUCCCAAGUGGAUUAUGGGAUGAAAGUAAUAAUCCAAGGCAAAGUUUUCAGUUUUAUGCAGAAGAUUGUAAAUUCUUUUUGGAAGAUGUGGCAUCGAGAUUAUUUUUCUUCCACUUUUAG